AUGCACCCCGCUAAGAAGGUAGCGCCACCAAAAAGUCAAUGCAAGCCAUUUCUUCAGGCACGAGCUCUAACGCUCGCUAUCGUAGCCGUCAUGUUCGUCAUUUCUGCAGGCCAAGAUGAAUCUCUUGGUGCUCCGGAUGGAAGGGUGCUCGACGCCAUCGUGGUUGGAGAGGAGAAGAGGCGACGACAUCGUGCGUUCGCCAGGGAUCUGACCAUUAGCGAGGUGGGCGGUGGGUAG